ACACUUUUUUUCGUCGAAUACAUAAAUUGCGAACCGCAGAAAGUUGGAAUUCUCAGUGCCACUGCAUAAAAAGAAACUAAAAUAAAACUUUAGUACAUUAAAAACGUACAUAAAGUUGGUGGUAAACUUCGUCACAAGAAAAAGACUAAGGCACAAUUAACCGCUUCCGCUCCUGCUCAUGAGUAUUCAUAGAGAAGGAGCUGAACUUGAUCGAAUAACUGUCAAAAUCCACAAUAUGAAACGUAGCGCUUCCCGCUCACCAGGCAGAGGAAAUUUAGUAAGAAACUCGCGCAGCAUGGGUCGUGGCUACGAUAAUGGCGGUGGGGUGCCGGGCGAUUCUCCCGAGCGCAUGUCACCGGAGCGCAUGAGGCGACGUUUGGACCGCUCGCCAAGCCCCCGUGGUCGCUAUGGUUCACCGCACCGUGAGCCCUACAUGCGCGGUCCACCCGCUGCAGAGCGUCCCGCCGGCUACAAAGUUCUCUGUGUGAGCGCGCUGCCGCCAAAAGCGCCGGACGAGUUCAUUGAGGAAACGCUCUAUCGCGAGUACAAGAAAUUUGGGGAUUUCAGUGUGCGCCUUGCACACGAUCUGGACGAACGUGUCGCCUAUGUUUGCUUUCGCACGCCCGAGGAUGCGCGCGAGGCCAAACAUCACAAGCCUCGCCUGAUAAUCUAUGAUAAAAUGGCAAUUGUGGAGCCUGUUUAUAAGUCAACGACACGGCCGGAAUACAGACCUCGUCACUCUAUGUCGCCACCGGAUUAUGAACGUUAUCACUAUUCGCGCUCGCCCAUGGGACCCGGCGUUCCGUUGGAUCAUCGUCGGCCGCCAAUUGAUCCGUAUGACCGUUAUGGUCCGCCUAUUCAUCCGCAUGCUGUGCACCCACGUGAAUAUCGACCCAUGCACCAUGAGUAUCCACACCCGCCCCGCGGCCCUCCAAUGCAUCGUGGUCAUCCCCAUGCCCAUCCCCAUCAUCUACAUGGCCAUCCACCGCCACAUCAAUAUGCACCGAUGCGUCCGAUGGCCCCGCGGCCUCACGUGCCGUACGAGAAGCCAGAAAGCAAAAAGGAUAAAUUUCCCAAUUAUUUACACCAUGUGCAGCCAGAAGAUGAUCCACUCUCCACGCGUACGCUCUUUGCUGGCAACCUGGAAGUGACUAUUGCCGAUGAUGAGCUACGCCGUAUUUUCGGAAAAUAUGGCGUAGUCGAUGACAUUGAUAUAAAGAGGCCGCCUCCUGGCACGGGCAACGCGUUUGCUUUUGUGCGCUAUCAGAACCUUGACAUGGCUCAUCGCGCCAAAAUCGAGCUAUCCGGCCAGUACAUUGGCAAGUUCCAGUGUAAGAUUGGCUACGGCAAGGUUACACCGGCGACACGCAUGUGGAUCGGCGGACUUGGCGCCUGGACUUCGGUUACACAGCUCGAGCGUGAAUUUGAUCGGUUCGGUGCCAUCAAGAAGAUCGAAUACCAGAAGGGUGAACCCUACGCAUAUAUACAAUACGAAACAGUUGAGGCCGCAACGGCGGCAGUCAAGGAGAUGCGCGGCUUUCCACUAGGCGGACCGGAGCGUAGGCUACGUACAGAUUUCGCGGAGCUGCCUGGUGCUACCCCGGUGGCACCAUUUAAGACCUCAAAGCCGUCGUAUGACGAGAGCGCCAUAGAGUAUAGACGGCCGGAGUAUGAUCCCUAUUAUGAGGAGGCGGCUGUGUAUCCUCCACGUGGUGGUUACUCACCAUAUCUGCCUCGUGGUGGCUAUCGUGGACGUGGUGGCGGCUAUCGCGGCCGUGGACGCGGCAUGUAUCACUAUCAUAACGAUGUACACAGACCGCCGCAUCCCAGUGCCCUGGGUGGCGUGUCUUCUGUGCCGCCACCGGGUGGUGCUGAUGAUGAAUGGCGUCGUCCGCCUGGAGAGUCUUACGAUCGGGCGCGUUCCGGUUCACGGGAACCUGGUGUUGAACGUUCGCGCUCCCGAUCUCCACUAAAGCGUGCACGCUCACCUGGCUCAGAUUCAGAUACUUCAACGCGGCGCAAUGACGCACUCGGCUCGGCGGCGACAGUCCCAGAGGUGGCCCGCAAGUGCAGCACUAUUUGGACGGGUGCACUCAUACUGAAGAGUUCCUUGUUCCCGGCCAAAUUUCAUUUGACAGACGGCGAUACAGAUAUUGUCGAGUCGCUGAUGCGCGACGAGGAGGGCAAGCACAAUUUGCGCAUAACUCAGAGAUUGCGCCUCGAUCCACCAAAGCUGGAAGAUGUACAAAAGCGCAUAGCAUCCUCGUCAUCGCAUGCCAUAUUCAUGGGCCUGGCUGGCUCGACGGUGGACACCGAUUGCGAUGAUGCCAGCGUGCAGACGCGUCCGUUACGCAAUCUCGUCUCCUACUUGAAGCAAAAGGAAGCGGCUGGCGUCAUCUCGUUGCUAAACAAGGAGACAGAGGCCACGGGCGUGCUAUACGCAUUCCCGCCGUGCGACUUCUCCACGGAUCUGUUAAAGCGCACCUGCCACAGCCUCACCGAAGAGGGCCUGAAGGAGGAUCAUCUGGUCAUUGUGGUUGUGCGUGGCGGCACCGCCUAAACAAUGGACAAGCUGUGCAGAGAGCUGCUCCUGCUGCUCACAGUGAUCGGUGAAGUAGAACAACAAAUGCAGGACCCCCAACCCAGACGAGUUCUGUGGACACGUAAUUUAGAUGUCGUAGACUUACACAAGACCCUCUCCAGAAUAACAAAUACAAAUACACAUAUACAUAUGCGCAUGUAUGUGUAUUGGUAGAAGCAUAGUUCAAUCAAUAGACAAUUGGAGUUACCUGUGACAACAGCUCCUGCUCCCAGAAGAAGAAGCAGAAGAAGAAGACACACGCACACACACACAUAUGAUACUCUAUAUAUAUACAUAUAUAUAUAUAUGCUGAGUUUUGCAGAAUCUGUAUUAAUCCAAUUAUUAUUGUUCUUUUUGCAGACAACUCAAUCAAUCUGUUAAUCAAUCAAUCAAUCGACCUUAUUUAUGGUUUAUUUUUUUUUUUUCAUACACAUUCUGUUUUCCUGUGUAGUGAGAGUGUAAAAGUUUCUACAGUUCAAAAACAAAAAUGAAAAACAAUUUUUUUAAUUACAAUUGUGCCAAAAGUUUUCAAUAUUUAAUAACUAUUAAUUGUAUAUUUGAUUUUCAAUUAUUUUUACAAACAGUGUAAAAAUUUCCUCAUCCCACACUAAAAAAAGAAAGAAAAAAAACAACAACAACAAAAACCUAAACCAAAAACCAAACAAAACAAAAGCUUUGUAUACAAUAUCUUUUCGAAUGUGCAACUAGUGCAAAAAAAAAAAAAAAAUCAACAAAAAACAACAACAACAAAAAGUUUAAACAAAAUGGAAAAAAUAUGUACAUCAGUUUUUGUGUUAACUUAUUUUACUGCAUAUUGUGUUAUAAUAGUUCGAAUCAGUUUUGAGAGUUUGUCAUUUUUUGGUUCUGAGAGUUUUAUCCAAAAUGUUUUGAUUGUCGUGAACAAAAAUAGUGCAAAAGAAGUGCUUGAAUGUUAACUAGGGGUGGGGCCCCACUAGUAAUAUCCAUUUAAAUUUAUAUACACGAUAUAUUUAUAUAUAUUUGUUUGUGGGCCGAAAGUGAUCUAAAAAUGAAAAUACGCAUAUAUUCAAAAUCUGAGUUCCGUUCUGUUCCGUUGCCCGCCCAAGGAUUCAGGAUUCAGGUACUUUGUGCGUUUGUUAAAGUGUCUCUGAUCUGGGCCACCGACUCCCGAGAUAUCAAUGUGUGUGCAUUGUGAGCUGUUCCCGAGUUUUUGGUAUUGUUUUCUGUUCCAGCUAGCAAAAAGAGAA